AUGAGUGUCAACUACCUCAGGGUUUUAAGAACAAUAAAAGUAGCAGAGUCAACCUCACUGGAUGUUCUGUUGACAAACCUCAUCAAGGGGAAUCUGCUUCCCUCUGCUCUCGUCUGGGUAACAUCCCGACCAGCAGCAGCCAGUCAAAUCCAUUCUAAAAAUUUUCACGAUGUCACUGAGAUACAAGGGUUCUAUGACUUACAGAAGGAGAAGUGCUUCAGAAAAAGAAUCAGUGAUCAGAACCUGGCCAACAGGAUCAUCUCACACAUAAAGUCUUCAAGAAGCCUGCGCAUCAUGAGCCACAUACCAGUGUUCUGUUGGAUUUCAGCCACUGUUCUAGAGAACAUGUUGGGUGAAGAAGAGAGGAGAGAUUCCCAAGACUCCGACUCAAAUCACCUGGAAAAUUGCAAACUGAUCUUCUAUGAGGAAGACCUGAGACAGCGUGGCAUUGAUGUCAGAGAAGCUUCAGUCUUCUCGGGAUUGUGUCCUCAGGUGUUUAGAGAGGAAUUUGAGCUACUGAAAGAGGAAAACUCUGAAGCUGUGGCCUUGGUUUCCAACUCCAGUGUUUCCUGUCGGAGACAGGAUGUGGAUCUGAGUAACAAUAUUCCACAGGAUUCAGGACUGAAGGUGCUCUGUACUGACCUCAAGUAUCCUUACAGUAAACUGGAGGUCCUGAGGUAUGGGACUUCAAUGGCUGAGCUGAUAAUCCGUGAGAAAUAUAAAUCAUAUCUGAGAAAGAGGUUUCAGUUUAUCAGUGAAGGUACAAUGGAAGACCGAAACCCUAGAAUUCUUAAUGAGAUCUACACAGACCUCUACAUUAUGCAGAGUGGAAGCAAUGAAGUCAGAAAUGAACAUGAGGUCAGACAGAUUGAAACACUGUUCAGGACAGCAGCAACAGAGGACACAUCAGUCAGAUACAAUGACAUAUUUAAACCCUUACCAGGGCAAGACAAACCCAUCAGAACUGUGCUGACAACAGGAAUUGCUGGUAUUGGAAAAACAAUCACUGUGCAGAAAUUUAUUCUUGACUGGGCUGAAGGGAAAGUCAAUCAGGAUAUCCACUACAUAUUUCCACUUCUUUUCCGGGAACUGAACUUUAUGAAGGACCAAAAACACAGUUUGACUGAGAUACUCAGCGUUUUCUUCACGGAAAUGAAAGAAUUUGAUUUCUCUUACAAGAAACAUAAAGUUCUGUUCAUCUUCGAUGGCUUAGAUGAGUGUCGACUAUCUCUAGAUUUUCAAAAGACAAAGAAUUUUUGUGAUGUAACAGAGUCAGCCUCAUUGGAUGUACUGCUGACAAACCUUAUCAAUGGGAAUCUACUUCCCUCUGCUCUCAUUUGGAUAACAUCCCGACCAGCAGCAGCCAAUCAAAUCCCUCCUCAACAUGUUGACAGUGUCACUGAGAUACGAGGGUUCAGUAACUCACAGAAGGAGGAGUACUUCAGGAAGAGAAUCAAUGAUCAGAAUCUGACCAGCAGAAUCAUCUCACACAUAAAGUCUUCGAGAAGCCUGUACACCAUGUGCCACAUACCAGUGUUCUGUUGGAUUUCAGCCACUGUUCUAGAGAGAAUGUUGGUUGAAGCAGAAAACGGAGAGAUCCCCAAGACACUGACUGAAAUGUACACACACUUUCUGUUAAAAAUCAUAAGACAGAGGUGUGCUCAACAGAGAGAAAAGGAUAAGAUGAUUUUCAAACUUGGGAAACUGGCUUUUCAGCAGCUAAUGAAAGGCAAUAUGAUCUUCUAUGAGGAAGACUUGAGAGAGUGUGGCAUUGAUGUUGAAGAAGCAUCAGUGUACUCAGGAGUGUGCACCCUGAUCUUUAGAGAAGAGUUGGGGUGGUACCAGGGGAAGGUUUACUGUUUUGUGCAUCUAAGUGUUCAAGAGCAUCUUGCAGCUUUAUAUGCGCAUUUGUCUCUCGUCAACAACCACAGGAAUGAACUGAACCAACAUGUAUUCUCUGCACUUGGAGACAAGAUCAAAAGUGUUACAAUUUUUGACCUACACAAGAGUACAGUAGAUCAAGCUUUGCAGAGUAAGAAUGGACACCUGGACCUUUUCCUCUGUUUCCUUCUGGGCCUCUCAGUGGAGUCCAAUCAGGUACUGCUAAAAGAUCUUCUGACACAAACAGAAAAGAGUAUGCAUAGCAAUGUGGUGACGGUUGAUUACAUCAAGAAGAGGAUCAGUGAGAAUAUCUCUUCAGAGAAAUCCAUCAAUUUGUUCCAUUGUCUUAAUGAACUGAAUGACCGCUCUCUGGUGGAGGAAAUCCAAAAGUACAUCAGCUCAGGAAGUCUAACUCACUCAAAACUCUCUAAUUCCCAGUGGUCAGCUGUAGUCUUUGCUUUCCUGACCUCAGAAGAAGUGUUGGAUGUGUUUGACCUGAAAAAAUUUGCAGGCUCUAUUUUGGAUGACGACAAUUCAUGUAUCACAUCAGAUGAAAUUCUUCUGAGGCUGCUACCAGUGCUCAAAGCUUCCAGAAAAGCUUGGCUAAGUCAUUGUAAACUUACAGAGAAAAGCUGCGCAGGUCUGGCGUCAGUUCUCAGCUCAGAUUCCUCCAGUCUGAGAGAGUUGAAGCUGAGGGAUAAUAACCUGCAAGAUUCAGGAGUGAAGCUGCUCUCCGCUGGACUGGCAAAUCCUCACUGUAAACUGGAGAUUUUGAAUCUGAGUGACUGUAAACUGACGGACAAAAGCUGUGCUAGUCUAGCCUCAGCUCUCAACUCGAACCCAUCAAGUUUGAGAGUGAUGAAUCUGGGUUUCAAUAAUCUGCAGGAUUUCGGUGUGGAGCUGCUUUCUACAGUACUGCAGAAUCCUCACUGUAAUCUGAAGGUACUGAGGCUGGGGAGAUGUAACCUGUCAGAGAGAAUUUGUGCAGUGUUGGCAGCAGUUCUCAGCUCCAGCUCUUCCAGUCUGAGAGAACUGGGUCUGAGUGACAACUGCCUGCAGGAUUCAGGGGUGAAGCUGCUCUCUGACGGACUGAAGAAUCCUUACUGUAAACUAGAGAUACUGAGGCUGAGAUUUUGCAAACUGACAGAGGGAAGCGGUUCAGUUCUUGCCUCAGUCUUGAGCUCAAACUCCUCUAAGAAUCUGAGAGAACUGGACCUGAGUUAUAAUAAACUGCAGGAUAAAGGCAUGAACCUGCUCUCUGCUGAACUGGAGAAUCCGAAUUGUAAACUGGACACACUGAGGCUGAUUUGCUGUAACCUGACAGAAAAAUGCUGUUCUACUCUGGCCUCAGCUCUCAGCUCCUGCAGUCUAAGAGAGCUUGAUCUCAAUCUAAAUUAUCUGCAUGACUCAGGAGUAAAGCUGCUCUGUGCUGGACUGGAGAAUCCUCACUGUAAACUGGAGAUACUCAGGCUGUAUUGUUGUGAACUGACAGAGAAAAGUUGUGCAGUUUUGGCCUCAGUUCUCAGCUCCAGCACCUCCAGUCUAAGAGAGCUGGAUCUGAGUGGCAAUAAGCUUCAAGAUUCAGGAGUGGAGCUGCUCUCUGUUGGAAUGAAGAAUCCUCACAGUAAACUAGAAACACUGAGGUUGAGGGGUUGUGAACUGACAGAGAAAAGCUGUCUAGCUUUGGCCUCAGCACUCAGCUCAAACUCCUCAAGUCUGAGAGAACUGGACCUUAGUAACAACAAUCUGCAGGAUGUAGGAGUGGAGCUGCUCUCUCCUGGGUUGAAGAAUCUUCACUGUACACUGGAGAUACUGAGCUAA